AUGGCGUACGGACUACGCACCCGUAUAGUGACGGAUUCUCUGAGUUAUGUCACUACUCUCGCGGCCGAGCACAGACGUCAACAAGAGCAAACAAAGACGCCAAACGCAAAGAUAAAUCAGGAUGGCUUACGUUCAGAACGGGCGCGCAUGCUCUGGCGCAAACGUGAGGAAAUAAACGCCGCUGGUACAUCGAACAGCGCUCUGACGCUUUUGGAGAAGCUAGAUCCAGGCUUUGAAUACCUAGAGCAUCUCGGCUGGCAGCACCAGCCGGAUCAAACCAGCAGAGAGGAGCCGUGGUUGCCGUCGUGGGACAACAGAGGAGGGUUGGUGACAUGGCUAGAGAAGCAUUUCAAGAGAUGGCGGCAGGAAUGGGUUGAUGAAGGGAAAAUGGCGCCUCUAGGCGACGAAGAUCAGGGUGACGAACAAGUGGAGGAUGAACAGAGACCCAAAGACGAUGAACUUGAGAAGGGGGGUUCCGGGACAAAAACAACAACGAUAACAGGUACGGACAUGAACAACACGGACAUUGUGAGCCGAGAUGAGAUAGCCUCUAGAGACCGUGUCCCGGCUCUGAGCUCCAGCGACACCGGUGAGCACUUGACGGCGCCGGUACUGGCACUAGAACUGGCAACCGUUUUGGCCGAGGGCAACAGGAGUUAA